AUGUCGAAAAACCAGAUUACGCUGCUGCACUGCGUGUCUUCUUUUUUACUAGCCGCCGUCGUCGUCUCCGUUAAUUCGACAUCUCCUCUCGUCGGUGUUCAUCCAUUAGAUGAAAAGUAUUUCGAGUCAGAUAUUAUCAGAUGCAAAGAUGGAUCCAAAUCAUUCUUUAGAGACCGUCUCAACGACAACUUCUGCGAUUGUCUUGAUGGUACCGAUGAGCCUGGAACUUCGGCUUGCCCAAAUGGCAAAUUUUACUGCAGGAACAUUGGAAGUUCUCCAAAGUUUGUUUAUUCGUCUCGUGUCAAUGAUCGAAUCUGUGAUUGCUGCGAUGGAAGUGACGAGUACGAAGGUAGCGUUCGUUGUCCCAACACAUGUAUAAUGGGCGGUAACUUAAACUACGUAUACAAGCCUAGAACCGAUCGUAAAUCUAUUGAUAGACAGCUCGGUUCAUCAAGGACUGGUCUAAAUGAAUUGAAAACCACUAUGAAUCUUCAGGACAUGGUCAAGAAUCUCCAAGGUAUGAAGCUUUUCUUUGUCCUCCAGCUGGUUUUGAUAGGUUUCUUGGUGAUCCUAUGGAUGAUUAGGUAUCGCGUUCGGUCUAAGAGGAGACGAUAUCUGCUGAACAAUAUACCUCCGUAUAGAUCAGUAAACUAA